AUUCACUAUAUAACCAAUGUUUCAUAUUCUGUAAAGCUUUGAGGAGGCUGCCUGGAAGCUCUUUGGACUGCACAUGAUAAUCAGUGAAUUCAGUGAGAUUAGUUUCUUACCAUCCUGAUGUUUUCUUUCUCAUUUAAGAGACUCUUACUAAUUGGUCUCGUAUCACUGCUGAGUGACGGCGAGGUGGAUGCAGGUGCUCAGUAUUCCUCGAAGGCAGAUUGGAUCAGUAGGUAGCUUUGGUGGUAGAAAAUAUCCCCUGAACUUAGAUCUCUAAGUAGGGAGGAGUUUGGAGGCCCGGGGUUGUCACGAUCACUCCUGAUGGGAAUGUGCUGAGGUAUUAAUGCUCUGUGUGCCAGUUUAGUGUUUGCAGUGUGUUAAAACCACACUCAGGCUUGGCUAGAAAGGAGACAAGGCUCAGUAUAAAAGUAACAAGGGUCAGAGUGUAUGACACUUGAAAGAUACAAUUACCUCAAAUAUUUAAAUUUUGCCUUAACUGGUCAAAGAACUUCCUAUUUCUGUACCAAAACAAUUUGGGAUCUUGCUCUUUUCUCCUCUAAAAAAACUCCUGUUCAGAGCAUUCUUUUUAAGCUUCUUGACCUUCAGGAUUUCCUUCUGUUAUCUACCCCAGAGGGCAGCUGUAGCUUGUUAAUUGGGGUGAAUUUUGCCAUUAUUCUGCCUCUUUGCAGCCUUGUUUUCCUUUCAAACCAAAGGAAAAACCCUCAGAACUGAAUGAACCAUGGCACAGUGUUGUCUGUUCUCUGCAAGCACUGCCAACUUCCCUCACUGCUGAUUGCAGUCAGCAGCUUUUUCUCCCAGGCUGCAGCUAAAAAAGGAUUUGUGAGGUGUCUAGGAGAACAAAAUCAAACCCAGGUGAGGACAAGGCCUGGCUGAGUGGCAGGAUGGAAGGGCUCGGAAGGUCAGAGCUGGCGUGGAUAAACACUGGGGAUGGUGCAAACACUUCAUGUGGAGUGUUUUAGGCCUUGAAAGAGGAUCACAGAUGCCUCAUGGAUGUCCCUCUGAAAUAAGCAUGUGGCUCUCCAGAUGCUUAUUAAUAACUCAAUAACCCAUAUCUUCCAGAUAAUCGUUAUGUACCUUCAGGUAUUAGAAUGUGAACGUAACCAACACCUGGUCCAGACCUCAUGGGUAGCCUCUGAGGGUAAGUGACUAAGACUUCUCCUCUGCUGCCCAUGGUGCAGGGAUAGCUGCCGUCUUCAGUCAACCCAAAGCUCUCCAAAGAGAAGGCUGGCUCUAGACAGGUGGUAUAUACAUGAUAGUAGAGUAACUGGCCAACUGCUUCUUGUGCUUUAUAAUUUUAUUUUUCACUGCAUUUUUUGAUUGUUUGUAUAUUUGAUAACCUGAGUGUUGAAGUUCUGAAGUUUUUGUUUUAAUGUUCUAUUUCUCUUAACUGUUAUAAUGUGAUGUGUUUCUUACAUGAUAAGGCAAAUUAAGUAGGGGUUUAGAUCUUAAAAAGGGAUGAAUUAACAAGAAUAAAAAUGGAUAGUUUCCAUUUGUAAACUAGUAUAUGUGUGAAGCUUGGAUACAAAAUGUAGUAUUUAGAGGCACUUCCCAGAAGCAUUGCAUGGAGCAGUGGAAUGGGAGUUUUGGACUGCCAGGAAUCUGCUGCUUGUGGGAGGAGGGGAGGUGAUGGGGAGGGAGGGAAUUAACCCAAUUGAGAAAGGGGUUAGACGUUACAAUAUCACAUCUGUGUGCUCAUGUUUGUUGCUUCCAGUACCCAAAACUGGUGGGUAUCCAGUAUAACUGGUCUUUGACAUGUGCAUUUUUACAACAUUACCUCUUUCUUAAGCUAUUGUGACAAAGAUUCAUUUCCUCCUGUGUCUGACUGAGCCCACAGGGAAGAGGCCAAACUUGGAAGCUGGCAUGGUUCUCAAUUUGACAAAUCAGAAAAAAAGCUUUGUACCUUUCAGAUGUUUGAAGUCACCCUUUCCUUUAUCACUUCUUUGGCCAAAAAGUUUGUGCUCUCUUUGUAGUGGGACAAGAACUAGGUUUAGAAGUUCCUUUCUCCCAGAAAGAUGAGCUGGUGCUCAAUGUUGCUUUUUCAGGGUAGCAGUUGCUCUUUGUGUAAAUAAGAAUUGAGGACAGCUGGGGCAGGUGGGAGUUGGGAACUCCUGGGAUUCCAGUUCCUCCUCUCUGUCCUUGUAAAUGUUGCAGGUGCCUGGCCUGUGGUCUCUGCUUUGGAUAUUUUGGGGGUCAGCGAAUCUUUGUAUACUGGGUACCCAUAUGGUUAAUUAUUACUUUAAAGUAUUAUUUUAAGGAUUUUUAUUAUGUCUUGCUUUAGUUUUUCUCCAUCUGAUAUUUUACUGAUGUAUGUGCUCCCAAGUCUAGAUCUUCUAAAUCACAUCAGCUGACAGAUUCACAGGCAUUUACUUUGUGUAUUUAAGAUUUAACAACAUAAUGCUUAAGUGUACUGACUGGAAUAUGUGCAAUAUUUUACAGUUUUCUCAUUCUGUGAAUAUUCAUUUUAAGCAACCUUACUCAAAUGGGACAAUUUGGAAACCUUAUUUCAUGUGCCAAAGAGGAGAUCUGCCUGAAUACUGACUGUUCUCCCGAACUGAUGUUUCCAAACACCCUGAUUUCUCCUGUGGCUGACUUUUUUGCAUCAAAAAGAAAUCUGUUCUGGAUGGAGAUGGACCCUUAAAUCCCACUGGAAGCUGACCUGUGCUGAAGAGGACUGCAUUUCAUGGGAGAACUGCUCCAGGAGCUGCAGCUUUUGCCAGACACUGGUUCUGCCCUAUUUCAGGGGAACAUGUGAACCUAAAAUUCUAUAACUGAGUAUUUCUCAGCACACUGAACUAUAUGAAUGACAGCCUGAGAACAGAUGUCUUUGUGAGGUUCCAGCCAGAAAGCAUUGCCUGUGCCUGCAUUUACCUGGCAGCCAGGACACUGGAGAUCCCACUUCCAAAUCGCCCACAUUGGUUUUUACUGUUUGGAGCAACGGAGGAAGAAAUUCAAGAAAUUUGCUUAAAGAUCUUGCAGCUCUACACAAGGAAAAAGGUGGAUUUAUCUGAUCUGGAAAGUAAAAUAGAAAAGAAGAAAUUGGCUAUUGAAGAGGCAAAAGCACAAGCUAAAGGUCUGGUACCCGAGGGAGUUCCAAGCUUGGAUAACACAUCAGGAUUCUCCCCUAUCCCAAAAAAUGAGUCUCCAAAAGAGGUUAAAGGGAAUAAACCUUCACCACUACCUGUGCAGGCCAUGAAGAAUGCUAAAAGGAAAACUGAGGGAGCCAAGAGAACCAGCUCCAACAGCCCAGUAAAUGGUGUCCAGAAGGGAAGAGAGAGCAGGAGUCGAAGUGGUAGCAGAGAUCAGAGUUACUCCAGGUCACCAUCGAGAUCUGCAUCCCCUAAGCACAGGAAAAGUGAGAGUUACUCCACGUCCAGCGGCUCCAAAUCCCACAGCCGCUCGCGGAGCCGCAGUGAUUCUCCCCCGAGGCAAUUCAACCACAGCUCCGGGUACAAGGGCUCCAAGGUGCGGAGCUACAAGAAAUCCAAAGACUACAAAUACUCAACGCACAAAGCGCGCAAGUCGCGCAGCCGGAGCUCAUCCCGCUCCCGCAGCCGCUCCCGUGAGCGCUCCGACCACUCGGGCAAGUACAAGAAGAAGAGCCACUACUACCGGAACCACCGGCACGAGCGCUCCCGCUCCUACGAGCGCGCCGGGCACCGCUACGAGCGCGAACACCCUGGGCACAGCCGGCACCGCCGGUGAGCCCCAGGGCUGCUUCUGGGGGGAGCUCCUGCUGGUGAGCCCCCAAGCUGCUUCCAGGGGAGUUCCUGCUGGUGAGCCCCCAAGCUGCUUCCAGGACUGCUUCCCGAGGAGAUUCCUGCUGGUGACCCCCAGGGCUGUGUCCAGAGGGAGUUCUUGCUGGUGAGCCCCAGAGCUGCUUCCAGUGGGAAUUCUCUCUGGUGAGCUGGGAUGGCUUCCUGAGGAAAUCCCCUCUGGCACCUGAGCACAGAGCUGGGAAUGCCCACUGGGGCUGCUUUCUGAGGGAUUUCCCUCCAGCACCCGGGCACAGUUGGUGAGCUGGGGCUGCUUCCCUCAGGAAUUCCAUCUGAUGCCACUGGUGAAUCAGGGCUGCUUCCCUCAGAAUUCCCUCUGCCAGCAGAGCUUGCUUCCGGUGGCUUGUGCAGUAUCAGGGUUUAUCUGGCUCCUGAAGCACCCGUGGCUUGAGCUGUGUUCUGCCAGCGGUUUGUGCUCAUCUAUGAAUCCAAAGGAAAGACUGAUGGGGUAGGAAGUGAUAUCAGGAGUGCCCUGUGCUGGGGUGUCACUGUCCGCCCUCAUUUGGUGCCCCUUGCUCUUGAGUGAUUUCCAUCCCCAAUGCAGUGCAGUGUUUGGGACUUCCAUUCCUGCAGGCAGCAGCUCCGUGGCCCAUCCUUGGAAUGCUAUGCCCAGCAGUUCUUACACCUGUGGAACUGGAAAGCUCCUCAGCCCCCUGGGAGUGCUUUGGUGCUAACAACAUCCUCUUUUCAUACUGGCUCUAUGAUGUUGUACAGGUGGGAGGUGACUUUUUUUUUACCUGUUGCCUAUAUUAGGUUCUCUGUGUAUAUAUAUUUUGCAGUGUUACAGUACAGUAUGGGAAAAUGGCCUUCCUAGCCUUUACACUUUACCCACAAUGUAAAUAAGCAUUUGUUUAAUACAGGUGAAGAUAUAUACAGAAAAUUCAAAACUUGAAUUCUAUCAAAAAAGACUUGUGUAGAAAAUUCUGAUAAAUGUGAAAGUAUUUAGCUCUGUGCAUUGAGAGUAGUAUAUUUUUAUCUGUGCAAUGCUGUGUGCAGGCCACCAGCUUGGAAGACAUUUCCUAUAUAUCCAUUUGAAGUGGUUGAAAAUUCUUUACUCAGGAUCUUUGACACUCUGAAGAAUUCGUAGUUUGUCAGUCUGCAUGCUUGAUGAACAGAGCAUUUAAAAACCAAUUAGCAGAGCCCCACAGCCCAGUAGUAUCAGUUCUAGUGGUAUAUCUGAGCUGUUACUCUCAUGCUCCCUAAUUUCAUUAAAGUAUUUGAUUUUCUAUUA